UCUCUCAGUUUCUCUGGCCUUUUCACUCUCCUGUAUCAGCAGUAUCGUCUAGCCAACCAUUGCACGGGCAGAGGCACAUUUAUCCUGAACUGUCCAGCAGGCCGUCUGAAUUGGGCUGAGUCAGGAGUUGGGCUGGUAUAUGCCUUGAACUAUAUACGAUAUAAUCAUAUUUAUCUAGGAGCGCUAGGUUAUGAUACAGUUUAUGUUAUGAUUGUAUAUGGAUGAGUCUAUAUUUGGUUUGUUCAUCUUGUCUAUUGUUGUGAGCUUUGUUCACGUGUUGUGGUGGCAGCAAACAGGUAGGGGCCUGCUUGUCAUCUGUAUGGACUGGGGAAAUGCUCUGGAUAAAAAUAAACAUGAGAUUGGCCAAUCCCAGGGAAAUUCUUGAAACCGCCAGGCAGUUACACAACCAUACUGACACCAGUGGUCUAGUCUCAUUCAAGAAUUGAAAUUUGAAAAUGAGUUGUGAAUACUGCUGUCUAUGAAUCAAAACCAUGUUUUUUCAGAGCUUGCUUUAGGAGUAGUACAGUGUUGCCAAAAUCGUAUAAAAAAAAUCCUCACAACAUUAAAAUAUACUGCAGGUGCUUCAACCAAACAAUUAGCCAGUGGUGUGCAAACAUGCCCAAAAAGAAAUGUAAUUAAAUUAUUCUUUAUUACGACAACCAGUUUUUGUUAUAAUAAAUAUUUUCUUUGCCUUUGAAUUUUUAGAAUUGGUUGUAUAAAUCUUGAUGAGGAAAUAUAAAUCUAACUUAAACCAUUUUCAAGUAACAUUCAAAGUCAGCUAAAUGUAAAGAGAGCAUGGGUUGUGUUUGACCUUAACUAGCCACUGUAAUGUGGUCAAAAACAAUAUUGCGAUACUAUUCUGUAUCAGGACCACGCCAGCUACGUACUCAGACGCUGAAGCAGUGUCAUGCGGGCUCUAACGUCACACUGACUGGUCCCUCGGGUGCACUUUCUCUCCAGCCCUCAGACACUCCACUCUCCCUCCCUGCAGAUCUAUGCCUUUCGCACCAUCUCUCCUCUAGCACACACAGACAAUUUGCAGCUGAACGUAAUGCUUCAUGCUACAAUGAGAUCAUGGUCCGGGAUCUGGCGCUGAGAGCCUGGUUUAGGAAGAGGGGGACAGAGGAGGGGGUGGGGACCCUGGGUUUGUCCACUGGUCAGGCCCUGAGGACACUUAGAGACCAGCUCACCACCCUCCUUGACCAGCACCAGACCACAGGCCGUGGUAAACGACCUACUGCACAGGAACAGUGGGUGAAGAGCUUCCUUCACCAUGGCAACCGCCACUCCUGUCUCCAUUGGCCCGGAGCUGCCCUCACACUGCUAGUGGUGCUGGGACUUCUCUGUUGUUACGGUGACCAGCCACACGGCAGUUCUGGAAUAGAGUUGGUGAACGCUGCAGCACUCCUCCUGCUCUUCACAUUGAGCUUCAUGCUGAUUGGACGACAGCAGAGGCUGAGGAAGACUGAGAUGGUGCACCGGCUCAAAAGCAUCAUCAAUCAGCUCAAUGAUUUCCUGUCCAGCUGGGAGGAUUUGGAUGAGUCUGUGCGGUGGUCUCCUUCCCUCUACCCAGACCUGUACACCCCCUCCUCCCCCUCCUGGUCGCUCCACUGGACCUACCGUGACUCCAAUUUGGUCAACCUACCAGUGGCCCUGCUGGUGGAGGGAGACAUCAUAGCCCUGCGACCGGGACAAGAGGCUUUUGCUUCCCUCAGGGGAAUUAAGGAGGAUGAACAUAUUGUUCUGGAGCCAGGGGACUUGUUCCCACCUCUCUCUCCCCCUCCAUCCCCCCGGGAGGAUCAGAAGAAGACUCCCCAGAGCCCCCAGCAGCACCGCCUGUUCAGGGUGGUCCGUACCCCCAUCCUUGACAACGUCAGGAGCAGCCUGGAUCUGGCUCUGUCUCGACCAAUAACUGCCCUGGAUAAUGAGAGAUUCACUGUGCAGUCCAUAAUGGCUAAGUUUGCCUGCCCGAUCGUAUUGGUGGCGUUCUUGGUGGUGAACACUGUGCGUUAUUUCUGUGAUGCCCCCAGCCUGACACCUGGUCGCUUUAACUUCAUCCAGCUUCAGCUGAUGGGAGUGCUGCCUAUCCUCCCUCUUCUGUUUCCUGUCAUGUGGGUACUUGUAAACGCUUACGGAGAGGCGAGUGUCCUGGCUGAAUCCAGCAGAGCUUCUCCUAUGGGCCUGCUUGCUAAGUUCUCUGAGGACACUCUAAGCAGCUACACUGAAGUUGUAUCCUCCCAGGAGAUGCUGCGGUGUGUGUGGAGACAACUGGUAGGCGUGCUGAAGGGGGAGUCCCAGACCCUCUGCUAUACCUCCAGUCUACUACACACUCUGGGCUCUGUCACCGUGUUGUGUUGUGUCGACAAACAGGGUGUAUUAUCCUGGCCUAACCCCAGUCCAGAGACGGUGUUGUUCUUCAGCGGCCGAGUGGAGCCUCCUCACAACGACAGUCAGGAAGACCUGCGAGACGACCUGUCGGUCAACUCCUGCCGCGUGGACGCUGAUGAUGACCGCGAUGAGAACCAGGAGGCACAGGCUCUGCUGUGUAUGCCAGUGACGGACGGACUGGUGGAUGGGCAUGAGCCUAGCGAAACGUCACAUGACACGGGCCCUUCCGAGGACACGCUGCAGCUUCGACGGCAGGCGCAGGACAUACCCACACGCACCAAACACCCCUCGGGUUCAAAUGUCAGCUUCAGUCACGACACAGAGGGAGGGGAUCUGGGCCCGGAACAGGACAUGGUGGGUUGCUGUGACAAUGAGGCCGAGGACUACGUGUGUGACUACCACCUGGAGAUGUUGAGUCUGUCCCAGGACCAGCAGAACCCGCUGAGCAUCCAGUUUGACGAGCAGGGCUGGCAGUGUCACCUGUCCAGCCUCAAGCCCCUGGGCCUCAACAUCCUGCUCAACCUGUGCAACGCCAGCGUCACCCAGCAGCUGUGCCGCUUCUCCGACCACCUCAGUAACCUGGCGCUGCAGGAGAGCCACGGGGCAGUGCUGCCCGUCCAUGUGCCCUGGGGUCUGUGUGAGCUAUCCAGACUCAUAGGCUUCACCCCCGGAGCGAGGGAGCUGUUUAAACAGGAGAACCACUUAGCUCUGUAUCAGCUGCCCUUUGGGGAGAAAGCCAAGGAGUCUGUCCCUCGACGCCAACAAAACUUCACCAAGAGACAACCUCCCAUCAGCCACCUCAUCUCCCUCUUCAUCAGAGACUCCUCCUCCAAUAAUGUCCAAAUGUUGUCUCACGGCUCAGCUGACCUCAUUUUGGAGGCCUGCACUGACGUGUGGGACGGAACUGACAUCUACCCACUCUCUGGCUCAGACAGAAAGAAGGUUCUGGACUUCUACCAGCGUGCCUGUCUGUCAGGCUAUUGUUCUGCCUUUGCCUACAAACCCAUGCAGGUGUCCUUGUCCAACCAGCUCAAUGGGAAAUGUGUGGAGCUAGGCCCAGGGCCAAGCCUCUUCUCUGGGGUAGAGCUGCCCUCCACUACCCCUAUUAAACACAACUCACGGAGGAACUCCUGGAGCUCUGAUGAGGGUAUAGGAGAAGGCGUGGAGAAGGAGGACUGUGUUCAGGCUCUGAGUGGUCAGAUCUUCAUGGGCAUGGUGUCAUCACAGUUCCAGGCCCGCCUGGACACCGUCAGGCUCAUCGACGCCCUGGUCACCGCCUGCAUACGCUUCGUCUACUUCUCUAUGGAGGAUGAACUACGCAGCAAGGUGUUUGCGGAGAAGAUGGGCCUGGAGACGGGGUGGAACUGCCACAUCUCUCUGACUCCCAACAGAGACAGUCCGUGUGACGGAGGCCCCAACAGCCCUGGCCAGGACUCCCAACACGACGACCUGCACCUGGACUCCCGGGACGAGGCCGAGGGGCCGCUGUUACCCGAGGAGGAGACCGCGGAUGUGCCCAGCUUCCUGGAGGACUGCAACAGGGCCAAGCUACCCCGCGGUAUCCACCAGGUCCGCCCUCACCUCAAGAACAUCGACAACGUGCCGCUGUUGGUGCCUCUGUUCACCGACUGCACCCCCGAGACCAUGUGUGAGAUGAUAAAGAUCAUGCAGGAGAACCGAGAGGUGACGUGCUGCUUGGGGAGCUCCGCCAACUUCCGCAACAGCUGCCUCUUCCUACAGAGUGACCUCAGCAUUGCCCUGGACCCGCUGUACCCCUCGCGGUGUUCCUGGGAGACGUUUGGCUACGCUACAGGAGCAGGACUCAACGGGGUGGCGGAGGGUCUGUCCCCCCUCAGACUGUCCGGCCAGCUCAACACCCUGGCCUGUUCUGUCACCUUCCACCAGGGGGAGUCGGUCAGCAUGGUCAAACUCAUAGAGCAGGCACGUCACACAACCUACGGGAUCCGGAAGUCCUUCCUGUUCCUGUUACAGUGUCAGCUAUCCCUGGUUAUCAUCCAGUUCCUGGCCUGCCUAGCCCAGCUCCCCCCGCCUAUGAACAUCACUGAUAUCCUGUGGCUGUCCUGCUUCAGCUGUCCACUGCUCAGUGUGUCAUUCCUUGGAAAGCCACCAGACAAUUCUGUUAUGAACGUGGCCACAGGCAAGAAUCUAGAUGCCAUCCCCAGAAAGACGCAGAACUUCUUCCUGGGUUGCUUCCUGUUGAAGUUUGUCCUGACCGUGUUUGCCUACCUGCUGGGCUUUGUCUUCACGCUGCAUGAGGUCUGCCUCAGGGCCAACAACCUGACGCUAGCAGAGAACACCACCAUCAGCUGCACUGAUAUGCUUCGGGUCAGUUCAGCUCCGGACGCGCCACACUGGUUCAGGGAGCUGUCCAACGGCCUGCUGCUCACUCAGAAGGUCAUGGCAGGGUUCCUGGCCCUUCACACAGUGGUCAUCUCUCUGAGCUACGUUCAUCGCUCCCAGCCUCUGUGGAAGAAGAACCCCUUCAGCAACACCUGGUGGUGUCUCACCAUUCCUGUUGUUCUGCUUGGCCAGUUGGUGCAGGCCACAGUGGACUACCAGCUAUGGCAGGACAGGUCGGGCCCUUUGACCUUUGACCUGAAGGACAUCCCCAUGAUGGCCUGGCUGCUGGUGUCCCUGUCCACCCUCGGGGUGGUGCUGCUCAACGAGGCCGUCAAACUGCACGAGAUACGGGUGAGGGUUCGCAAUCAGAAGAGACAGAAGCUGCAGUUUGAAACCAAACUAGGGAUGAACUCUCCCUUCUGAUUGUCUAAGCCAAUAAACAGAGGGCCGCGACAACACAUGCUGUGAGAACAAAGUAACCCCUGGGAAAGACUAGUCUGGAGCAGGUUGAAGUAGUUCUUGACCACUGACACUGGGUCAGAUUGUUUCUGAUCUGAGUGGGUCACCUGAUGCUUGAUCUGUGGUUGGGGGUGACCCCUACCUCAUCCGGACUCACACACUGCCUCUGUGCUAAUUGACCAGAACCCAAAGCACUCAACCCACCUCAGUCCCAGAGCUCAGGCAUCUAGCAGGUGGCAUGAACCUCGACCACACCUCUAUGACCUGGGUGGUUUAUGACUGCGAUAAUCACAUUUAUUUUUUAGAUCCUGAUUUAAAUGUUUUACAUUGUAUAAUGGUUAUUUAAAAAUGGAAAAUCCUC